CGGAAUGAGGUCACAAUAGCGUUGCGGCAGCACGCAGCCUCGCCAUUUUCGUAGCUCUUUGUGCGCCACUGUCUGCACAGCUUUCGUCUCUUUAUCGGACGAUUCGUUAAUCGGACGGUUUUAAUUCUGUUGCAACAAAAUGCAAGGAAACAGAGGCCCCCAGCAGAACCAUGGCCCCAACCGCCCUGGAGACCAGAAGAAACCCGGAGGAACAAACACGAACGGCCAGCAGCCUGAACCCAGCGAACAGACCAAUCCGAAUGAGGCCUUAACCCUGGACCUGCAGAGCUUCAGGAAGCCCGGGGAGAAAACCUUCACCCAGCGCAGCAGGCUGUUCGUAGGAAACCUGCCAACCGGAGUUACAGAGGAGGACCUCGAAAAGCUGUUCGCCAAGUACGGUAAAGCCAGCGAGAUCUUCAUCAACAAGGAAAGAGGCUUCGGCUUCAUCCGCCUGGAGACCAGGAUCAUAGCAGAGAUCGCCAGAGCCGAGCUGGAUGAUACUCCGUUCAGAGGCAGGCCCAUACGGGUGAGGUUUGCAACACACGGUGCUGCUUUAACUGUGAAAAAUUUGCCAGAGUUUGUGUCCAAUGAGCUGCUGGAGGAGGCCUUCGCCGUCUUUGGUCAGAUAGAGAGAGCUGUGGUCAUAGUGGAUGACCGAGGGAGGCCCACAGGGAAGGGAAUAGUGGAGUACACAUCAAAGCCAGCAGCGAGAAAGGCUUUGGAUAAGUGUGGUGAUGGUGCCUAUCUUCUCACAGCUUUUCCUCGACCCAUUACAGUGGAACCUAUGGAACAGUUUGAUGAAGAGGAGGGUCUGUCAGAAAAGCUUAUAAACAAAAACCAGCAGUAUCACAAAGAGCGCGAGCAGCCGCCACGAUUUGCCCAGCCGGGUUCCUUCGAGUACGAGUACGCCAUGCGCUGGAAGGCCCUGAUGGAGAUGGAGAAGCAGCAGUACGAAAUGGUGGACCGCAACAUGAAGGAGGCCCAGGAGAAGCUGGAGGCUGAGAUGGAGGCGGCCAGACACGAGCAUCAGGUGAUGCUGAUGAGGCAGGACCUGCUGAGGCGGCAGGAGGAGCUGCGGAGGAUGGAGGAGCUCCACAGUCAGGAGGUGCAAAAGAGGAAACAGGCUGAGCUCCGGCAGGAGGAGGAACGCCGGAGGAGAGAGGAGGAGAUGAGGAUGCGCAACGAGGAGAUGAUGAAGAGGCAGCAGGAGGGCUUCAGAGGCAACUUCUCUGAAAACAGAGAGCAAGACAUGAGGAUGCAUAUGGGCAGUCACGGGAUGCCCAUGAACAGAAACUCGCUGGGUGGUAAUUCUGGUUCUGCCGGUACGUCCGGCAUGGCUGCUGAGAAUGCUCCAAUGAUGCCGGGGUCAGGAAACAACAACAUGCCCGGGGGAGGCCAGGGUGGCUUCCCCAGAGGCCUGCCCGGGCCUGGAGACUAUGGACCUAACAAGCAACGCAGAUUUUGAAUCAUGUCUAUUUUUCCCCUUUUCAUACUCACUGUAUUUUAAAGUCCAGGUAGUGAGUGUUACUUUUUAAACUCUGACAACAGUUGCAUGUUUUAUUUUGUUUUUUACUUUUUAUUUGUACUUUUUUGGGUUAUAUUUUAGUACUAAAGUGUCAUAACUCUCCAGAUGAGCCAUGUGUUGUCAUUUAUUUUUCACCUUAAUGUAUUUUUCAUAGGGAUAGAAAAUGUUUUUGUCCUGGAUAUGUUGACUUUUCUGGAAUAAAUUCAAGAUUCCCUAAGA